AUGGAAUACGGCUACACUGUUUAUCCGGAUGAGUAUUACGCAAAUGCUGAGGAGGAAGAAGAGGAAUGGGAUCGACAGGCUUAUCUGGAUCCCAUGUGGGAAAUUCAGCAGAAGAAGACUUUCACCGCUUGGUGUAAUUCAUACUUAAGAAAAGUUCAAACUUCAAUCGAAAACAUAGAGGAAGACUUUGCUGAUGGGCUCAAGCUUAUCCAGUUACUCGAAACACUGUCUGAGGAGUCCUUACCGAAACCAGACAGAGGAAAAAUGCGUUUCCAUAAGCUAGCAAAUGUUAAUAAGGCAUUGGAAUAUAUUGAGAGUAAAGGCGUUCAACUAGUGUCAAUUGGUGCUGAAGAAAUUGUGGAUGGCAAUAUCAAAAUGACUCUUGGGAUGAUUUGGACAAUUAUUCUAAGGUUUUGUAUUCAGGAUAUCACUGUCGAAGAGAUGUCUGCUAAAGAAGGACUUUUACUCUGGUGUCAGCGUAAAACCGCUCCAUACAAAAAUGUGAAUGUACAAAACUUUCAUAAUAGUUGGAAAGAUGGAUUGGCGUUCUGCGCCUUAAUACAUCGUCAUCGACCAGAUCUUAUUGACUACUCAAAACUUUCAAAAGACAAUCCAAUACAGAAUUUGAAUUAUGCUUUCGACGUAGCCGAAAAACACUUAGAUAUUCCACGAAUGUUAGAUGCGGAAGACAUGGUGAAUACAGUAAGACCAGACGAACGAUCUGUGAUGACCUAUGUUUCAGCCUAUUAUCAUGCAUUUGCUGGUGCACAAAAGGCAGAGUCUGCGGCUAAUCGGAUUUCAAAAGUUUUAAAAACAAGCCAAGAUAAUGAAAAAUUAAUGACAGAAUAUGAACAACUUGCUUCUGAUUUAUUGGCUUGGAUACAGCAACAAAUACCAUUCUUAAAAGAUAGAACAACUGAUGGGACAAUAUCUGGUGCACGUUCAAAACUAGAUCACUAUGGUGGUUAUCGAGCAUUUGAAAAACCUCCCAGGCUAGAAGAAAAAACCCUUCUGGAAAAUACCUACAACACACUACAAACACGAUUACGACUAGCGAAUCGGCCUUCUUUUUUACCAACUGAAGGUCGUAUGAUAGAGGAUAUUGAUUCAGCCUGGAGACAGUUGGAGAACUAUGAGAAGGGUUUUGAAGAAUGGUUAGUCUCUGAAAUUAAACGUCUUGAACAAAUUGAAUAUUUAGCUAAAAAAUUCCACUUAAAAUGUUUAACUCAUGAGGCAUGGACUGCUGGAAAAGCUGAUGCUCUUUCACUACAAGACUAUGAAGGUGCUAGUUUAUCAACUUUACGCGCUUUGGCACAAAAGCAUGCUGCAUUUGAAAGUGAUUUAGGCGCACAUCAAAACCGAGUAGAACGUAUUGUGGCUAUUGCUGAAGAACUGAACCAACUGAAUUAUGAUAAACUUCAAUCGGUGAAUGAUCGUACACAAGCUAUCGUUGAACAAUGGGAUAAUUUGGGACGAUUAUCAGAAAUUCGUAGACAGAAAAUUCAUGGCAUUUUAGAUUUAUUGAGUCAAAUUGAUCAUCUUCACCUGUCAAUCGCUAAACGCAUUGCACCUUUUAAUAAUUGGUUAGAACAAGCAACUGAAGAUCUACAAGAUAUGUUCAUUGUUCAUAAAGUUGACGAUGUAAUGUGCCUUAUAAAUGGACAUGAAGACUUCAAGAAAACACUUCCGGCUGCACAAAAGGAAUUGAAUGAUAUACUAACAGAGAUGGAACAAGUGAAAAAACUAGUUGAAACACAUAAUUUAUCACCUAAACUAAUAGAAAAUCCAUAUACUAUGAUUGAUUUUUCAAAAUUACAAUCUAGAUGGGAUGCAAUGUAUUCAUUAAUCGAUGGAAGAGAUGAUGCCUUACGCCAGGAACUUCAUAAACAACAAGAAAAUGACAAGAUUAAUACUCAAUUUGCUCAAAUAGCUAAUCGUUUUGGACCUUACCUAGAACAUAAUUUGGAUUUAAUUCAUUCGAUUGUCACAAAUCACAAAUUUUCACUAGAUGAUCAACUUCAACGUUUAAAUAAAGUUGAAGAAGAUUUACAAUCCUGGAAAGCAACAGUCGAUGAAUUAGAAAAACUUCAUCAAGUGAGUUAUUGAGAAUAGCUGUUAACCAUUCCGUUUUUGUUUUGUUUUUUGCGUUCAUCACACACAUAAUAUUGUUAUGCUUUUUGUUGCUUACAUCCCAUAAAACUGUACAUCUAAUUAAAGUCCACCUUGGACAAAUUUAUCUACCAUUUUUAAGCAGUUUAGCUGUCUAGUUCCAAUUGUUGAUCGAAAUAUAUAUCGGGCAAGUGUGUAUUCUAGUCAAUAAGCUAAGUAGUAACAAAGAGAUUUCUGCGCAUUCUGAUGAACUUUAUUUUUAGUAUUGGCAAAUUGAAGUACGUAUAUUGCCAAGUACUCCUACCAUAUAUUACAAUCACAAUUUGCAGACAUCUUCGGGAUUGUGCUUCUUUGUCUUCCUUUCAUGUUUUUUUCAUGUUCUUUCACAAGCAUCGUUCUUUAAAUCCAUCUCUCCGUUAUUCGAUAUUCUGGCAAAUGAUAAACAUAUUUUUAUCGGUGUUUAUACACUACCUUUAAGUAUUAUCAGUAGCGCACUCCACACUCGUCCCUCCGUCAAAUAGUUUCUUGAAGAGCCGCUCCAACCUUCUUGAUGGUACCCACUCUUGUUGUGUUUUGUUAUCGGUUUGCUUACCCCACUGAAUCCAUCUCUGAGGUUGGCUGGUGUUAACACGUUUCUAUUUGUCUCCUCUUCUCAUGGCAUAAACGGAACCACGUCUCUCGGUGACAGUGCAUGGUCCCUCCCAUUUAGGCAGGAGUUUCCGUGAUACUGACUGGCAUCCAGCCGUGUACUUUCUUUCUCUACAAUUUACUUGAUCUAAGACUUAAAAGGUGAUGCAUUUCGUAUUUUCUCUCAGUUCUAAUUUCUCAGCGUCCAUCUUCGCAUUCCUAACUGCUUCUUUCCGUUGCGUUUUCAAGCUCGUCAUACUUCACUCUUGGUGAAGGGGACAGGUCUUGUCGUGUAUUGGUAGUCGUGGUUUCCCACCAUAUAUCAACUGAAAUGGUGACUUCUUUGAUUUCCU